CUUUUUUUCUAAUUUGUCAAAGAAAUGCAAUUGAAGUGAAAAAAGAAGAAAAUUAAUAUUCAUUGUUACAGUAUUUUUUGUAUAUUUUAAUUGUAAACUAAAAAAUUAUAGUGAAUUUAAUAAAUAAUAAAAUAUAAUAAUUAUUAAAGCAUUACAAACAGCAACAUAAAUUAACAAAUAUUUAAACAAAAUUAAAAAUGUUGUGAUUUAAAAGCAAAGCUUAAUAAGAACUCUAAACAAUGUCUCAAAAUAGUUCCGAAGAUCUACGUAGUACUGCCGAAUUAUUAUUAAAUCAAACUCGUAUUAUGCAGUCGAGGGGAGGUAGCAAUCCUCCAGGUUUUGAUAUGUCUCGUACCCAUUCCAUAAAUCUUAUUACCGAAGAAUUCCUGGGUGGUUAUAUGCAAGAUGGUCGUAUGUCUGUAGUACGAAGAUUUUUUUGUUUAUUUGUAACAUUUGAUUUAUUUUUCGUUUCACUUCUCUGGCUGAUAUGUAUAGUGAUAAAUGGUGAUAGUAUAAUACAAGCAUUGCAAAAACAAAUACUGCAUUAUACAGUAAAUGAAUCAUUAUUUGAUGUUGUAGCAGCGGCCAUUUGUCGUUUUUUAGUUUUAAUAUUUUUCUAUGCUUUAUUGUAUAUAAAUCAUUGGCUUAUAAUUGCGCUAUCCACUAGUGGUUCUUGUCUGUUUUUAAUUUCCAAAGUUUUUGUCUUUAAUUGGGUCGAUUCCAGUCAACAAGUUUUCGUGGUUAUACUCAUUUUAUCCUCUUUUGUUUUGGCUUGGGGUGAAGCUUGGUUUUUAGAUUGUCGUGUUAUACCACAAGAACGUCAUGCGAGACGUUAUUUUUCUGCUCUUACGAAUUCAACGGAUCGUUCCCCCUUGAUGGCACCCUUUUUGGCCUCACAAAAUGAGCGUCGUCCAGCCGAAAGUGUUGCGGAUUUUUAUUCGCCUCUAGAUUCAGCUCAUAACAGUGAUGAUGAAGAGCAACAGGUGAGAAAUUGUUUAAAUUCACCCUGA